UCAACAUAGGUUCAGAUGCAAGUUCACCCUAAACUUUCCUCUACUGAAGAUGCUUUACAGUACGUUGAGGAGUUAAUUCUGCAGUUGUUAAAUAUGCUGUGCCAAGCCCAGCCAAGAAGUUUUCUGGAUGUAGAGGAUCGUGUUCAAAAGAGCUUUCCCCAUCCUAUUGAUAAGUGGGCAAUUGCUGAUGCACAAUCUGCUAUUGAAAAAAGGAAGCGAAGAAACCCAUUAUCUCUCCCAGUGGAAAAAAUCCAUCCUUUGUUAAAGGAAGUUCUAGGCUAUAAAAUUGACCACCAAGUAUCUGUUUACAUAGUGGCAGUAUUAGAAUACAUUUCUGCAGAUAUCUUAAAGUUGGUUGGGAAUUAUGUACGAAAUAUAAGACAUUAUGAAAUUACAAAACAAGACAUUAAAGUGGCAAUGUGUGCUGAUAAGGUAUUAAUGGACAUGUUCCAUCAAGAUGUAGAAGAUAUAAGUGCACUAACUUUAUCUGAUGAGGAACCUUCCACCUCCGGGGAACAGACAUAUUAUGAUCUAGUAAAGUCAUUCAUGGCAGAAGUUCGACAGUUUAUAAGGGAAUUAAAUCUCAUUAUUAAAGUUUUUCGAGAGCCUUUUAUUUCCAACUCCAAAUUGUUUUCAGCUCAUGAUGUGGAAAAUAUAUUUAGUCGUAUAUCAGAUAUUCAUGAACUUAGUGUAAAGUUACUGGGCCUUCUUGAAGACACUGUAGAAAUGACAGAGGAAGGUAGUCCCCAUCCUUUAGUAGGCAGCUGCUUUGAAGACCUAGCAGAGGAACUAGCAUUUGAUCCAUAUGAAUCAUAUGCACAAGAUAUACUGCGGCCUGGUUUCCAUGAUCAUUUUCUAAGUCAGUUAUCAAAGCCAGGAGCAGCGUUCUAUUUACAGUCCAUAGGGGAAGGCUUUAAGGAAGCAGUUCAGUAUGUACUACCCAGGCUGCUGCUGGCCCCUGUUUACCACUGCCUUCACUAUUUUGAACUUUUAAAGCAACUAGAAGAAAGGAGUGAGGAUGAAGAGGAUAAAGAAUGUUUGAAGCAAGCGAUAACAGCCCUGCUGAGCCUUCAGAGCAGCAUGGAAAGAAUAUGCUCCAAAAGUCUUGCAAAGCGACGACUUAGUGAAUCUGCAUGCAGAUUUUAUAGUCAGCAAAUGAAGGGGAAACAGCUCGCAAUCAAGAAAAUGAAUGAAAUACAGAAAAAUAUUGAUGGCUGGGAGGGUAAGGACAUUGGACAGUGCUGCAAUGAGUUUAUAAUGGAAGGAACUCUCACACGUGUUGGCGCAAAACAUGAGAGACACAUAUUUCUCUUUGAUGGCUUAAUGAUUUGCUGUAAGUCGAAUCAUGGCCAGCCACGACUUCCUGGUGCUAGCAAUGCGGAAUAUCGUCUGAAAGAGAAGUUUUUUAUGCGCAAGGUACAAAUCAAUGAUAAAGACGACACUAAUGAGUACAAGCAUGCCUUUGAAAUCAUCUUAAAAGAUGAGAACAGUGUUAUUUUUGCUGCUAAAUCAGCUGAAGAGAAAAACAACUGGAUGGCAGCACUGAUAUCUUUACAGUACAGAAGCACUCUGGAAAGAAUGUUAGAUGUAACCAUGUUGCAGGAAGAGAAGGAGGAACAGAUGAGAUUUCCAAGUCCUGAGCUUUAUAGGUUUGCAGAACCAGAUUCAGAAGAGAAUAUUGUAUUUGAAGAAAAUAUGCAGCCGAAAUCUGGAAUCCCUAUCAUAAAGGCAGGAACUGUUGUCAAGCUUAUUGAGAGACUGACUUAUCACAUGUAUGCAGACCCCAAUUUUGUUCGGACAUUUCUCACAACAUAUAGAUCCUUUUGUAAACCUCAGGAAUUAUUGAGUCUACUGAUAGAAAGGUUUGAAAUUCCAGAGCCUGAGCCAACGGCAGCUGAUCGUAUGGCUAUGGAGAAUGGAGACCAGCCUCCCAGUGCAGAGUUAAAGCGGUUUAGAAAAGAAUACAUACAACCAGUACAGCUGCGAGUCUUAAAUGUAUGUCGGCAUUGGGUGGAACACCACUUCUAUGACUUUGAGAGAGAUGUUGAACUUUUGCAACGAUUGGAAGAAUUCAUUGGGACAGUAAGAGGUAAAGCUAUGAAGAAAUGGGUUGAAUCAAUCACAAAGAUAAUCCACCGGAAAAAGCAGGCACAAGCCAUUGGGCCAAGUCACAAUAUUACUUUUGAAAGCUCACCUCCUGCAAUUGAGUGGCAUAUUAGCAAACCAGGACAUAUAGAGACUUUUGACUUGCUCACUUUGCACCCAAUAGAAAUUGCUCGACAGCUCACUUUACUCGAGUCAGAUCUUUACAGAGCUGUACAACCAUCAGAGCUUGUGGGAAGUGUGUGGACAAAGGAAGAUAAAGAAAUGAAUUCUCCCAAUCUUCUCAAAAUGAUAAGACACACUACUAAUCUCACCUUGUGGUUUGAAAAAUGCAUCAUAGAAACAGAAAACUUGGAGGAAAGAGCAAUUGUAGUAAGUCGGAUAAUUGAGAUCCUGCAAGUUUUUCAAGAGCUAAACAACUUCAAUGGUGUCCUCGAGGUUGUCAGUGCUAUGAACUCCUCACCUGUGUAUAGACUGGAUCACACGUUUGAGCAAAUUCCAAGUCGUCAAAAGAAGAUUUUAGAAGAAGCUCAUGAGCUGAGUGAGGAUCACUAUAAGAAAUACUUGGCAAAACUUAGGUCUAUUAAUCCUCCAUGUGUGCCUUUCUUUGGAAUUUAUUUGACAAACAUCUUGAAAACAGAAGAAGGCAACCCUGAAUUUCUAAAACGGCAUGGAAAAGAGCUAAUAAACUUCAGCAAGCGAAGGAAAGUAGCUGAAAUCACUGGGGAGAUACAGCAGUACCAGAACCAGCCCUACUGCUUAAGAGUGGAAUUUGACAUCAGAAGGUUUUUUGAAAAUUUGAAUCCAAUGGGAAGUAGCAUGGAGAAAGAAUUCACAGAUUAUCUGUUCAACAAGUCAUUGGAAAUUGAGCCACGAAAUUCCAAGCCUCCACCAAGAUUUCCAAAAAAAUACAGCUAUCCCCUCAAGUCUCCAGGUGUUCGCCCUUCAAACCCAAGACCAGGUACCAUGAGACAUCCUACGCCACUGCAACAGGAGCCAAGAAAAAUUAGUUACAGUCGCAUCCCUGAGAGUGAAACAGAAAGUACAGCAUCUGCACCCAAUUCUCCACGAACACCUCUGACCCCACCCCCAGCAUCUGCCACUUCUAGCACUACAGAUGCCUGCAGUGUAUUUGACUCGGACCCUUCGAGUCCUUUCCAUUCAAGAUCUGCUUCAGUGUCAUCCAUAAGCUUCACCAAAAGCUCUGAUGAAACACCUGUUCCCCCUCCCGUUCCUCCACGGAGACGACCAGAAUCUGCCCCAGCAGAAUCCUCCCCAUCAAAGAUUACUUCUGCACAUAUGGACAGUCCACCAGCAAUUCCUCCAAGACAACCCACUUCAAAAGUCUAUUCGCCAAGGUACUCGGUGCCAGAUCGGACCUCCAUAUCAGACCCCCCUGAAAGCCCUCCUGUUUUACCACCGCGAGAACCUGUGCGAACACCAGAUGUCUUCUCUAGCUCACCACUACACCUCCAGCCCCCACCUUUAGGUCGAAAAAGUGAACUCGGCAAUACCUUUUUUCCAAACAGUCCCUCUCCAUUUACUCCCCCGCCCCCUCAAACUCCUUCUCCACAUGUAGCACGGAGACAUCUGCCAUCACCUCCUUUGAUACCGCAAGAUGUGGACCUCCAACCUGUUGCUGGGCCACCUGUUCCUCCACGACAAAGCACUUCUCAACAUAUCCCAAAGCUUCCUCCAAAAACUUAUAAAAGGGAGCACACACAUCCAUCGAUGCAUCGAGACGGACCACCUUUGCUGGAGAACGCCCACUCCUCCUGAGUUAGUCUUUGCUGUUGGAGUUGCGUUUCCCUGGCGCUAUGUCUGUUGCUGGCAAUGGAUGCACUGAAUCUGCUGGCGCCAAGGAGUUAGGAUGUGUACACCAAACACUAAAAACUCUAUGAUAAAUUUGAAAUGCAGGAUGCAGAAACUGAAUCACAAAAGCAGACAUUAUUAUCACAAAGCAACUGAUGGACUUGAAGAUCCUAUUUUAGUAUGUGGGACACUGUUCUAGAGUAAUUGGACAACUGAUUGUACCAGAAAACAGACUCGAGGGACUUCUCUGGCCAAUGAGCAGAGACUGUGUUUUGUGUAAUGAUCUCUAAUGUCCAGGACAGAAUGGAAAACAUAGUUUUGUGUGCAUCAGUCCCAUACAGUGACCCAGUUAUUGGAAUGAAAAAAUUAUGCACUUUUGGAAAAAAAAAAAUCUCAAACAGGGAACUUUGUAUCCUCCUUAACUUCCCUUUGCUUUUACUCCCUGCUUUCAAAUACUUUCCCAAAAUCAUGAAAAGGACUGUGAGGAAGAUCCGUGGUACCUAACUGUGUUAGAAUAAAGGCAUAGCACUGCAUUGCGGUCCUGUUUACAAAUUGUUACAACGAAUAGUGUGGGUACCUAGGUCUCACCAAAGAGGUACUUAAUUAUUAUUUUAUGAAAUUAUGGUGCCAGUUCAAAAAAAUUUGCCAGGAAGCAUAAAUGUGUAAUUACUGCUUUCUUUAACUAGAGCAGAUUAAAGUCCUAUGUCAUUAAAAUGAUGGCAGAAUUUUAAACAGCAGCACUAUUGUCUGAAGUAACUAUACUACUACAUUUAGGAGACUGUUAAUCUAUGCUAGGGUAUCUCCAUUCUUUUUAAGGUUUACUGAUAAUCCAUUUCAUGGCUUUUAGCUGUACUUAAUCAUGCCAUGAAAACACCAUCACUUGUUGUGAAAGGAGCACUUGCUGGCCAUUUUCCAUAGUUAUAGUCAUGUUUUACUAAUAAUAGAUUAAUCAGCAUACAUAGAAUUGUCUUGAAGUUGCGUAAAUCAUGUAUAUAGUGAAUGUUGCAUAAAUAUACUUGCAGAUUGUUUUUAAUUUAAUUGAAAUAGAGACAGAUAUUUGUUUCGCUGACGUACCUUAAAUUAUUACAAUGACAAAUGUACAAUUCAGUUUUUCAGUUAAACACUGAAAAGGGGAUAAAAGCACGUGUUGUGGUACGCAUUUUUUCCUAGUUCAGUAUAUGUAUUUUAGUAAUAAAUAACAGUUUAAAGAAAAAUUGAGUUGUGGGCUGUGAAACAAAGAUUAGUUAGAAUGAAAGAGCUGGGUUUCUCCCAAAGUGAAUUACUGUAUACGUUUUAAAAUUUCCCAUCUCAUGUAUGCAGCGUGCUAUAGAAUUUCAAACUUUGUCUUAAAAAAAUCUCCUAAUCUUUACAGUAGUUAUUUACUGUGUCAGAAAUGUACAUGACAGAGCAUUUACCUUCAUAAAUAUCAUGACAUGGAUUAUCCAUAAACCUGUGUACUGCUUUUCUGAUUCUAACCAAUACUGUGACAAUAAUGCAUGCCAGUUAUUGAAGAAAAGAAGUUUUAUUAUUCUCCACUACCGUAAUGUUUGUGAAGUGUGCAGUAUCUCAUCUUUAUUUAAUAAGGCUCAUGGGUCAUAGUAAAUUUCCAUCAUGUUUCUUCUUUGAUACAAACACAAAUACAUUUCAGCAACCCAGAAAGCCAUGUCAUUAACAAUGGUUUUUCUAGAGCAAUUAGUCAUGCUGGAAAUCCAUUUGAGUAACUUUUUACAGUGCCAUUAGAUCAGUGAAAUGUGCUUCAUCAUACUAGAACAUGGUCUUUACAUUUCAGAAGAUGUUUAGCUUUCAUCAGCAUUAAGCAGCAAACUUUGUCGUAGCCAGAUACUGAGAAUUUGUUUGUGUAGCUUUAGGUUUAUAUCUAUUUUUUAAAACCAUUUUCCUGGCAAAAAAAUGGUAUUUCUCCUCUUUGUUUGUAAGAUUUAUGAACUCAGCUUCAAAGGAGGACUUUGACAUAUGCGCUUUAUCCAACCCUGUCCUGCAGGCAAUGUAGAGUUGCUAGUGUUUCAGAUUUAACUAAGGAAAAUGAAUAACCACGGGAAAGUUGUAAAAACUGAUGGCUUUCCAGAGGAAAUCCAAGGAGUUCUCCCUCAAAGCCAGAUGCCCAAGCUCUUAUCUCCUGUUCUGUAUGCUCAGAAUCGUGGUUGCUAGGAAGGGAGAGUGGUUCAGUGAUUAGGUCAUUGGACUGGAGUACAGGAGAGCCAGACUCUGUUCCUGGUUCAGGUAUAGACUUUUUGUGGGUUCUAGCAGGAGUUACUAAAUCUUAUUUGUGCCUCGAUUUCCCUUUUGUGAAAUUGGAAUAAUACCACCUCCCUUCCAAGUUGCACUGAGGAUCCAAAGUCCUUAAUUAUGAGGAAAUCAAGCACUACAUGAUGAGCAUUUAAAUUCCCUUUAGACUGCAGCACCAUCCUUCUGUCAUGCAGAAGAUGUCAGUGUUCACCACUGCAAGGAACACUCCCUCACUGACAAAGUAUCAAAGACGAGACUAAAAAACAACCAGAUCCCUUGCAUCUAGGCUAGAAGUUUAGAGCAGUGGUUCUGAACCUUUUUUGUACCAGGACCCAUUAGUAAACAUUGAUGGCCAGUCCUGAUCCACUGCCCCCAGACCUCAGCACUCCAGUGUGUGGAGCGGUGGGGGUCCCCAAACAGACCCUUGCAGGCUGGAACUCUGCCAGCCUGCAAGGGAAAAGCUACAGUUUCCUACAUUUUUCUCCUUUAAAGGAUAAUCCAUUUUUAAAGUGUGUUGAUCCAUUUUUAAAGUUUAGUCACAACUCUCAUAUAUUCUUGCGACCCAUGGGUUGAGAAAUGCUGGUCUAGAGCACAGAUGCAAAGCACUGGCUUGUCUCGUAGGCUGUCAGUUUCAUUUGCGAGAAAUAAUUCUUUUAGCACUGAAUUUCUCAUUUGGCCAUGUUUGUAUUGGCGACUGAUGUGCCUAGGAUGGCAAAACAAAUAUCAUUAAAUGCAGGCAGAGAAAAUGGAAUCAUAUUUUGUUAUUCACACUGGCCAGGGAGUUGGUAAAAUGACUUGAAAAAUAGCAGGGGAUGAUGAAACAUACUUCAGUGUUGGCCAAGCACUGUCUAAAUUAGAUUGGUGCAUUGCUGUAGACCCCAGACUAAAGUCUGACACUGCUCAAAAGACAGCAUAUACUGCUACAGAGAGCUGUUCUUCAGCUGCUGGGUGCUUAGGCUGGGGAGGGUGAGAAAUGGAGGCCUUCAAUGAAGAGGUCAACAGUGCUUUUACACUGCAAUAUUUAAGCCAUUUCUAAAUUACCUCCCUCCUUGAUUUAGAAUGCAGUGUAAUGGUGUAGGAGUCCUCCAAAAAAAAAAGCUGGUAUUUCUAGCAUUGCGCAUUUUAUUUCAAAUCAGUUUAUAAUAAAAUACAAGGAAAAGUUAAUUAAUUCCCUGCCUGGUUACUAGGCGGUAAGUACAGCUGUCAUGGUGUUCAGUAAUUGAGAUAUGAUUUUGGUGUGUCGUCUUGGAGAAAACCUGACCUGUGUUUCAGAAUCAAUACCAUGCCAUAAACUAACAAUCACUUCUAGGGUGAGCUCUUGUGAUUGUUUCUAAAUUCUUGCUUAACUGUCACUUUACUUUACAAGGUAGAGAGGCCCAUGUCCCAAGAGAAGUCUGUUUAUAGUUACUUACUGGCCUCUUCUCUUGAGUUUUAGGUUAUCAGAAUUGUGUGUGUCCAUGUGUCUUGCUUUUAGUAUGUGACAUCUUAAAUUAGACUUUCCUUAUUAGAAUAAGCUCCAGUAUUAUUUUUACUCUGUUGCAACUGAUCCAAAACUCACUGAAAUUUAUGGGAAUCUUUCCACACGUUAGUGGGUUUUGGACCCAGGUCCUUGAUGUGCUUUUGAAAGAGAUGGUUCUAUUAUGUUAUAUUCAAGGAAGUCUAUUCUGUACCACAAGGUCUGAUUAAAUGCACUUGUUUUGCUAUAGGCCCUGUAGCAUCGUAAAGAAAAGGAGGUGUCUGCUGUAGUUCUAGUCUUGACCUGGCAUAGCAGGUGUGUAAACAGCCUUUGGUACUGAUGAUUCUAGUGGUUCUGCAUUUAAACUCAGUUAGGAAAAGCCCCUCAUUUAUGAAUGUUUGUCUUAGAAUUGUAACAGUGUUCCUUAAAACUUGGCCUGCAGUAUGUAAAAAUUGCACCUUGCCCCCCUCUCAAGGUGAAUACCUUUUCAGCUAACAAGUACAGUCUUGCUGAAAAAUCCAUUUGAAAAGGGUAAAUAAAAAUGUUGGCAGCUUCUUAGAUUUUUCUCUUUAAAUAUCUUAUUUUAACUGUUGAAGUGUCAUUUCAAAAUGUUUGAUGCAUGGGCUGAAGUCUUUUUUAGCUCUGUUAGGUAAGGAAAGAAACAUGUGGCCCAGUACAGUUCUAAGCCAAAAGCACUUGUAACUUAGUUUGUAAAUUUCAUGCCUUAUUUUCCAUUUUUUUAAGAAGAAAAACCUUAAAGUGCAUUUUUCUGUCAACUGUGAGCAAGUUUCCCUUUUGCCUUUAAUAAAAAACAGUGCAUUAAGUAGCCAACUGCUGCAAAGUUGCAAAUCAAGUGAACUAAGGGUAGGUCACACUUGACUCCCUAACAAACAAACAUGAAGUCAUGUUCUAGGUGACUGAAAGGUUGAAAGGGAAAAAAAUCCUGUGCCAGAUGCAUGCCAGUUUUAGUAGCUGCCAAAUGUGCCUUUUUAUUAAGAACAUCUGUAAUUUUUUUCAAUACAAGGUAGACAAUAUGGGUGUGUGGGGUAGGGUUUAUUUCGGACAAAUUUGGUUAAUUUACUAGAGAACAAGCCUUUUUCUGUUUGUCCAACUGUAAUGUAAAAAUGUUAAGUUCCAAUAAGUUUGUUCUAGUAUAUAUGUACAUUUGCCUUUGUUUUAAUGGCAUGGUUAUUUGGUAAAAUAAUUAAAUGUCAAAAAGUUAUGUCAAUCUGACCCAGAUGUAAAAAUAAAGUGGUAAUCUUCAACUGGCACAUCUUAUGACCUGUGUACCUAACCAUGUCUGUAAGUGAUCUUCGUAUGCUAUGUCUGCAAUGGUAUUCAGAUUGCAUUUAAAGUGACAAUUACUAGUGGCUGUUACUUUUUGGCAUUAAAAAGAUAUGUUCUAAAAAUAAAAAAUGCCUUACAUAUCCUG